GAGUAUAGGACUGGUGCAUCAUGGGAAUCAGUUGUUCGAGAACGCGAAUAUGAAAGAAGGAAAUGCACACAAGUUCCCAUUCAGCCCUACUAUAAAGAGCUCGAUCGACUAGUAAUGUCUGGUUGGUGGCUGCCGAGCUCCCCAGCCUUUGCGUCCGAGGACUUCAGCUCGACGCCUCUCAAGCAAAAUGAGAGGAAACACGUCCACGUAUCGGAAUACCCGAUAGACGACGACGUCCUACCUGAGGACGACGACACGUACUCCUUGCUGUCCCCCAUCUACCAUGACAGCUACGAGAGCGACGACGACGACGACGACGACCUCAGUACUACUACUCAACAACCGCUCAGAUGUGAGCGACAGAAUCCCACCUCGGCGCAGAUCGAACCUGAAGCCCUCAGUCCAUGGGAAGUGUGGCUGGUCAACAAAGCAAAAGAAGACCAUCUUAAAAUGAAAAAGAAAACCGAGGAGGUGCUUUUACUCGAGGGGAAAAAAGAACAAGAAGAAAUGGACCGUAAACAGAAAAAGAUCAUGGAGGAAAAAAAGAUUAGAGACUGGCGGCAGCUGAAAAGAGAACGGGAAAGACACGAUCAGCUUCUGAAAAUCAGCAGGGAAGCAGCAGAGGUGCAGCGUCGGCAGGAAAAACAGAGAGAGACGGAACAAAAAGCUCAGCAGAAAUACAAAGACUGGCUUCAGAAAAAAAACCAAGAGAGGAUAGAAAGGGAAAUGAAGCAAAAAGAGGAAGCAAGUCUGAGGCAAGAGCAGGAGAAAGAGCGCCGGAGGAAGGCGGAGGAGAACUUCAAGGAAUGGCUGGCAAAAAACAAUGAGAAAUGGAAAGCAAGUCCAAAAGCACCUCAUUACUCAAGUCCCUGCACAUUCCACCCACCACCCAGCUUUUACAACCCGAUCCCAUGGAAGCCGAUUUACACGCCCCCUCCGGAAACAUCUCCCAAAAGCGCACCCAGCAAGAAGCCUCAGAAGCAAAAAGAAAAAAGGACAGCAUAGCAGAGCCUUCAGAAUCACAAACUCGACACAUAAAUGACACUGGCGGUGCUUCAUCCAACUCGACUGUAAAUCAACUUGGACCUAUUAAUGCCUCUAGGACGCCACAACAUGAUUGUCACGUAUGAAAGGUAUUUUGUAUUGUUUUAAUUAAGUUAAACAAUUUAAUUGCUUGUUUUAAUGUUGGAAUUUUUGAAUGUGAUUCUUGAUUAUUUUGACAGUUUCCAUGUAACAUUUGUUCACCCAGAGCCUUUUUCGACGAAUUAAAAGUUUUGAACGAUACUCUAUAUUUGUAUUUGGUGCACAAGUGCCGAAUACAGUUGCAUUUCACGGCUUUGUUGAGGCCACAAAUCGAAUGGUGGGUAUUACGAUUCAACGCGUCGUCAUGCAGAGAUUUUGGAUAACCCUAACUUCGUGAAAGGGUUCCAACAAUUAGAAACACUGGAUCUCAUAAGAUGUCAAAUAACCAAGUGCAGGUGUGUGUCAUGAAGAACUGGACCCAGUCUAUUUUUUUGCAUGCUGACCUCUGUGGAACGUCUGACAUUCAGCAGUUACGCUAGCUGAUAGUGGCUGCCGAGGGAAUUAAAGCAACAGGUCCAACACGCACGAAGCCCGCUGCCACAUUCGGAACGUAUGAACUGCAUUGACCAAUGUGUUUAAUGUCUUUUUCAAAAUCACUGAACGUGACAAUUAAGUCAACAAUCAGAAAUGUCCUUUCAAAGAUUUAGUAAUAACAGAUCUAAACAUUAUGCAAGAUAAUAUCACCAAACAGUUGACUGAACUCAAAAGGACUGUUGAGCCUGUAUGCGUAACUGUGGCAACACAAUCAUGCAAAAAUGACCCCAAAAAAGUC